AUGUCCCCUCUGGGUCAUGUCACCAGCUCAGCCAUGCCUGUGUCCCUGCUGUGGGCGGUGGACGUGUACGGCCGGGUCUACAGCCUGUCCACGGUGGGACAGCAGUGGGAGCAGUGCCGGGAUGCCCAGAUGGAAUUCAAGCGGGCGACUGCGGCUCAGCAGUGUUGCUGGGGCAUCGCCUGUGACAACAACAUCUACCUGAACGUCCACGCCUCCGACCUGCCCAUACGCUACAAAGAGGAGACCUACGAGAAUCAACGUUGGAAUCCUGUCGACGGUUUCUCAGAGCGAUUGCUCCCCAGUGACCGCUGGCAGUGGAGUGAUGUCACAGGUCUGCAACACCAGCCUCUGGACGGCUUCCGGCUCCCCUCCGGCAGCUGGGAGUGGGAGGGGGACUGGUAUAUUGAUGAGAAUUUUGAGGGGGAGCCCACUGAGACAGGGGGGUGGAGUUACGCCAUCGAUUUCCCUGCGUUCUACACCAAAGACAAGAAGUGGAACUCCUGUGUCCGACGCAGGCGAUGGCUCCGCUACAGGAGGUACAAAGCUAUGGACACUUGGGCUAAGAUCCCCUCACAGCAGACGAGUCUACCAGAUCCUUUCAGCGACAUCAGCUGUGGCGGUUGGGAAGUCAGCGAGGAGCCCCGGGGCAGACUGUCCCUGUGGGCCGUGUCCCUUCAGGGCAAGGUUUGGUUCAGAGAGGGAAUCUGUCACCACAACCCGGAGGGCUCUCUGUGGGAGGAGGUGGCUCUCCCUGGAGAGGUGGUCCAGAUAAGCUGUGGCCCGGGGGACCUGGUCUGGGCUGCGCUUUGGGAGGGGCAGCUCAUCGUCAGGGAGGGGAUCGGCCGAGACUGCCCCAAAGGUACAUCCUGGGCAGCUGUGGACUCUCCCAGCCCUGAGGUGGGGGUUAUACAUUUAGCUGUGGGAGUCGAUGUUGUCUGGGCUGUGACCAAGGACAAUAAAGUGUGGUUCAGGCGUGGUGUAAACUCUCACAAUCCCUGUGGCUCCGGUUGGAUUAGCAUGGUGGGGGAAAUGAUGAUGAUCAACGUCGGACUAAACGACCAGGUGUGGGCCAUCGGCUCUGAGGAUCGGGGCAUAUACUUCAGACAGGGUGUGACCGCCAGUGAACUGAGUGGCAAAACCUGGAAGGCCAUCAACGUUCCCCGAGAUGGAGAUCGAUCCCACUCCAGUGCCAGUGCAUCCAGCCUGCAGAGUGCCGGAUGCUUUUUCUCGGGCGAGGUGCGUGCUCAGUCAGUCAUGAGUGACGCGGACUUGGAUGAGAAAGGCUCUGCAGACAGAGACAGCGGCUGUGUCCCAUCUACCUCCCCAGAGACCUUUGUCCACCCCCUCACAGAUCCCACCCCUGACCAACCCGCCGACCCCCCUAAACCCCGUAUCCCCAAAGUCACGAGCGACAGCUUCAUCUCCGAGCUCGUCUCCGACCGCGAGCCGGGGAAGACCUCGAAAGAACUCGGACCGGCUGCUCCCGCCGUCUUGGAGGAGGAGGAGGUCUCCCUCGGCGAGGCGGAGAUCCAGGCUCCGUGCGCCGGUGCCACCCUUUCCCCCGGCCCGUCCGGUGGCGCGUCCGGUCUCCAGUGGAGCAACGUGGACCUGGAGGAGGCCCAGAGCGCGCAGGCUCGUGCCGGAGCGGCGGCGGCGGACUCGGCCGACACCUGCAGCCUGUCGUCAGUGGCCACCUACACGCUCGCUCUGGAGGACCCGUACGGAGCGGACGAGCACCCUCUGUGGGCCUGGGUCAGCGGAGGAGGGUGUUCAGUGGACAGUCACUCCCAGCUUAACUGGUUUAACAGUUCCGCCAACACUUUAUCUUUAAUACAGUCCGUCCAGUCUAUGAGUCUGUCAGUGACCCCAGCCCAGUCGGCAGCUUGGAAGAGACAAAUCUUUGAGCAGCUCAAUGAAAGGACUAAGAGAGAAAUUGAUAAUUUCAAACAUUAUGAGCAAGCCAUAGAACAGUCUGUGUGGGUGAAGAAAGGGACCAUGCAGUGGUGGAGAGACUGGAAGCCACACAAGUGGAUCGAUGUCCAUUUUGCCUUGGAGCAGUUCUCGGGACCAGAGGGCGACAAAGAUGGCAUCCUGUUCAUCUACUACAACUAUUAUGAAGAGAAGAAGUACCUGCAUGCCUUCAUUAAUGAAGUAACCAUCCUGGUUCCCGUGCUAAAUGACUCCAAGCACACGUUUGCUGUCUACACCCCUGAGCGAACCAAACAGAGGUGGCCAAUCAGACUGGCUGCUGCCACGGAGCUGGAAAUGCACGACUGGCUGGCGUUGUUGAGUGUGGCAUGUUGCGACUCCAGAGGAAUCCAGGGUCCUCCCUCCAAACAGGCCAUCUGGUCGGUCACCUGUAAAGGGGACAUCUUCGUCAGUGAGCCCACCCCGGCCCUAGAGGCCACGCCUUACCCCACGCCUUGUGACCAGAUGUUCUGGCGGCAGGUGGGAGGCCACCUACGGUCGGUGGAGUGUAACAGUGCCGGGAUCGUGUGGGGGAUCGGCUACGACCACACUGCCUGGGUCUACACCGGUGGCUACGGCGGAGGCUUCUUCCAGGGCCUGGCCAGCAGCACGGACAACAUUUACACCCAGACUGAUGUCAAGAGUGUCUACAUAUACGAGAACCAGAGGUGGAACCCCGUCACCGGCUACACCAACAGAGGUCUUCCAACAGACAGAUACAUGUGGAGUGAUGCGUCGGGGUUACAUGAGUGCACAAAGGCAAAUACAAAGCCUCCCGCUCCUCAGUGGACAUGGGUGUCUGACUGGGGUAUCGACUACAGUGUCUCUGGAGGGACAGACAAAGAGGGCUGGCAAUACGCUGCAGACUUUCCAGCGUCUUAUCAUGGCCACAAAACCUUGAAGGACUUUGUGCGUCGUAGGCGGUGGGCAAGGAAGUGUAAGCUGAACACAACGGGACCGUGGCAAGAAGUUCCCCCCAUCCCCCUGAGCGACGUGACCAUCCUGCUGUGCCCCCCCGGAAGCGGCAUGGCCGCGGUCCCUCUGUGGGCCAUCAGCAACAAGGGCGACGUGCUCUGCCGGCUGGGAGUAACCGCACUAACACCUGCCGGAUCCUCGUGGCUUCACGUGGGAACAGACCAGCCUUUCAAGUCUAUUUCCAUCGGAGCGUCCAGCCAGGUUUGGGCCAUCGCAAGGGACGGUUCUGCCUUCUACAGGGGCUCCGUGUCCCCACAGAGCCCAGCAGGAGACUGUUGGUACCACAUCCCCUCCCCAGCUAAACAGAAGCUGAAGCAGGUGUCUGUCGGGAGGACAUCCGUCUAUGCUGUCGACGAAAACGGCAACCUGUGGUACAGACAGGGCGUGACCCCCAGCUACCCUCAGGGCUCCUCCUGGGAACACAUCUCCAACAAUGUGCGGCGGGUUUCUGUAGGUCCACUCGAUCAGGUGUGGAUCAUAGCAGACAAGGUCCAGGGCAGCCACAGUCUGAGCUGUGGGACAGUGUGCCAUCGACUGGGAGUCCAGCCCAUGGAACCAAAGGGACAAUCGUGGGAUUACGGCAUCGGGGGUGGAUGGGACCACAUCACAGUGAGAGGAAACUCCAUGGAGCCGCCCAUCCUCCGUCUUCCCUCUUUAACAGAUCCGUCUUUGCUGUCCUUCUGCAGCCCCCUCUCAGUCAGGAACACAGAAGUCAAUGGCAGCACCGUGGACAGCUAG